CUGACAUGGAAACAAACGUGGUAAACCGCUUCCAAUCAAUACAGGUCAAAAAUAAUUUACGUAGUCCGACUCUACUCCAGUUACGAAUCUGGAGACAGUCAAGCACCCAAGUCUACAGAAUCCGACGAUUUAUGAAGGUGGAUUCCUAGAAUAACCGCACAAACCUCAGGAAGGCAGCCCUCUUCCACAGCUGCCGCCCGGGCUCGGCCAACCCGUGGCACCGCUCGUCUCGAGGCAGGGCGACCCUUGCAUCGCUCGAGUGGGGGACGCUGGGGAGGCACCCAGCCCUCUCCGCCAUUUCCGGAAGGAAAUCGUCCACUGCGCCGUCGCUCUCUACUCCCCGCCCUCAUCCCGGAACCGCUCCGCCGCGCCGUGGGCCGCUUCCAUCUCCAGGGGGCAGGGGAUCUCGGAGGGGGUCAACCGGUGAGUCCGAGCGGGGCAGCGGCGGCGUUGGAUGGAGAUGGGGGCGGCGGCGGCGAAACCGGCACCGAGGGCGGACGGCGUGCGGAGGUACAAGGUACUCGUGCCCUGGCGGUUCCAGCCCGGCUACGUCAGGCAGCCGCUCAAGCACACCGCCUCCGCCAAUGGGGCAGCGCCCAACGGCGGUGGCGGUAAUACCGCCGGCGUCCCUGAUGCUAAAAAUUGUGGAUCGGAUGGGGCGCCGAGCGCCGUCGGUGAAACCAACGGUUUCCGAGACUCCAAAAUUUUCGGAUCGGGUGGGGCGCCGAGCCCCGGCAAGAGCGGGGCAGUUGGUGCAGGAGAGGAGCAAUCGGUGAGAUGCACUCGAGGUCAGAGUUUGAAGAGCCCUGACGUGGACAAUGGUGGUUGCCCUGGACCUGGAAAUGCAUGCAAUCUGGGCAAGCCUGUAAGGGGUGGCCGGGUGAAGAGCUCCCCAUUGGAAGGUACUGGAAAUAGCAGGGGUGCCAAUGAUGGCGUCGUGGCUGCCGCUGGAGAGGACUGCAAUCUGGGGAGCUCUAACUGUGAUGAUAGUUUCAAGGAUGCUCGCACCCAGGAUUUUAGUGGUGCUGGCGAUGGAACAGCUUGCGACCCUGAGGUGAUUGAGAUCACAGAGAAGUGCUUUGCGAAGGGUUUGAAGAAGCCGUCUGUGGAUCAGACUGGGUCAAAGAGCAAUGGUUCUGCUUCAGGACUCAGGUCAGAGGACCCUGAGGGAAAUGUUGGCUUGGGAGAUUCCUCUUAUCACGCUGCAAAAGGGUGUAGCAUGGGAGAUGGGGCAGCGAAGGAGAAUAACGCAACAGCCAAAGGUUGCAGCUCGGCGACUCCUGGCAGCAAUGGUAAUGGAACGUACGUCCGCAAGGGACGGAAGACAGUUGUACCAUGGAGAUUCCAGGCUGGGUACAAGCGAUCAUUCUCUGAUGCUUUUGGGUCCAAUAAUCUAUCUCCUGAUCGUCCAGCAUACGGGUUUGACGGCAGUUCAACACAGUGUGCUCCAGCAACUAGAAGCUCUGUGCGGUGUUAUGCAAGUGCUCAUUCUGGUGUUAGAGUUUCUGCUAUGUCUAACUUCUCAAUGAAAGGUGAAAAUGGGACUGGUACUGAAUGUAAGAAGAGGAAAACUAAUAGCGAUUAUCAGGAUGAAGUGAUGCUAGAUAAUGGAGAUCCAAUCGUUAGAGAAAGCAUCAUGCGGUCUCUACAGGAUCUCCGGUUAAUUUAUCGGGAGCUUUUAGAUGAAGAAGAAGAUAAUUCGAGGGAAGAAGUGCUUAACAUGCGGCCAGAUCUACGGGCUUACAAAAUUUUCAGGGAGCGGUUCUCCACAGAGUUUGAUGAUGAGAAAUAUAUUGGCAGUGUGCCUGGAAUCUAUCCUGGUGAUAUCUUUCAUCUGAGGGUUGAGCUUUGUGUUGUUGGUCUCCAUCGCCCACACAGGGUAGGUAUUGAUUGUACCAAGAAGGAUGAUGGUACUACUGUGGCUGUUAGUAUUGUGUCAUGUGCACAAUCUUCUGACAUCAAGUAUAAUCUGGAUGUCUUGGUAUAUACUGGACCAGUGGCAGUUACAGUCAAUCAGAGGAUAGAGGGUACCAACUGGGCUCUUAAAAAGAGCAUGGACACUAAUACACCAGUCCGUGUUAUCCAUGGGUUCACCACUCAAAAUGGAAAAAAAAAGUUUCCUACUUAUAUAUAUGGUGGUUUAUACCUUGUUGAGAAGUACUGGAGGGAGAAAGAGCAUGGAGACCGUUAUGUGUAUAUGUUCCGACUGAGAAGAAUGAAAGGGCAAAAACACAUUGACAUCCAAGAAAUUCUGCAAACAGGGAACUCUGGAUCAAAGAACAAUGUUAUCAUCAAAGAUCUAUCACAUGGAUUGGAGAGAGUUCCUGUACCUGUUGUUAACAAAAUAUCCGAUGAGUGCCCAAUGCCCUAUCGCUACACUUCACACCUUCAAUAUCCCCGUAACUAUCGUCCAACUCCUCCAGCAGGUUGUGGUUGUGUAGGUGGGUGCUCAGACACAAAAAGGUGUGCAUGUGCAGUGAAAAAUGGUGGAGAAAUCCCUUUCAAUGAUAAAGGCCGCAUUUUAGAAGCAAAGCCUCUUGUUUAUGAGUGUGGGCCUUCUUGCAAGUGCCCUCCUACAUGUCACAACAGAGUUGGCCAGCAUGGGCUCAAGUUUCGGCUGCAAAUCUUCAAAACAAAAUCAAUGGGUUGGGGUGUGAGAACUCUUGACUUCAUACCGUCUGGAAGCUUUGUGUGUGAAUAUAUAGGAGAAGUGUUGGAGGAUGAAGAAGCACAAAAAAGGACAAAUGAUGAGUACUUAUUUGCUAUCGGGCACAAUUAUUAUGAUGAGUCACUUUGGGAGGGCCUAUCAAGAUCUAUACCGUCACUUCAGAAGGGUCCGGGCAAAGAUGAUGAAACUGGAUUUGCUGUUGAUGCUUCAGAGAUGGGGAACUUUGCAAAAUUUAUCAAUCAUAGUUGCACCCCAAACAUAUAUGCACAAAAUGUCCUUUAUGAUCAUGAAGAUAUCAGUGUGCCUCAUAUCAUGUUCUUUGCUUGCGACGAUAUUCGACCCAAUCAAGAACUAUUCUACCACUACAAUUACAAAAUAGAUCAGGUUCAUGAUGCCAAUGGGAACAUCAAGAAGAAGAAAUGCCUUUGUGGCUCGGUUGAGUGUGAUGGCUGGCUGUAUUAAAUUUUUUGAAGGUAGCUGCAUUAAGUUUAGAAUCUGCAGUUAUUUUAGGCAUAGCUAAACUUGAGCUUGCUUCAUUGCGCCUGCUUCUUGGUUAUGUUAUGAUUAAAAAUCUAAGUUAAGACACCAGUGUUUUUAGUUGCCAGUGGAUUCAAGUUUUUUCCUUCUUUCCCAUCCAAUUUGUUAUUUUGUAUGUCUAUUUUUCAAUAUGAAGACUAAUGUGCAUAUACAUGUCAAUAAGUUUACAUGAUUUUUCUAUUUCGACAA